CGGCACUUCCGGCGCGGCGCGCUCCUUCCCCUCCCGGCCACCCGCCGCCAAGAUGGCGGCGCCCGUGUCGCUGCAGGUGGAGUUCGGGGGUGGCGCGGAGCUCUUGUUCGAUGGUGUCAAAAAGCAUCAGGUGACUUUGCCUUCUCAACCAGAGCCUUGGGACAUCAGAAACCUGCUAAAGUGGAUCAAACAGAAUCUGUUGAAAGAACGACCAGAAUUAUUUAUGCAAGGGGAGUCUGUGAGGCCAGGAAUUUUGGUGCUCAUCAAUGACGCAGACUGGGAACUAAUGGGUGAGCUGGAUUAUAAACUCCAGGACCAGGAUAAUGUGCUUUUCAUCUCGACGUUGCACGGCGGGUGAGCUCCUGGAAAAACAAGAGGAUGUAAAUCCAAACACCUGGGCAAAAAAACCCAAACAAGAACCUAACCCCCGCCCCAAACCUCUCUUGAACUGCCUGUGCCCGGUCUCUGCAUCUUCCCACCGCGUUUGUUUGUUACUAGACAUCCAAAUAAAGCCCUGCCAGCAUGUGGCCUGCUGUCCACCACAACAACAUCCAUCUUUUCGUCCUCAUUUCACCUCUCCCAACUGCACUUCCAGGUACCCUAAUGAGCAGAAAGCACCUGCAGCAUGUGGGACUCUGUUUUUCCACGAUGGGAGGAAGCGGGAUGCUGCUCCUCAAGUAGAAUGGGGUGUCUUUGCAGGCAGUGAGGUGUUCGGGGGGUUCGUGCCUGCUUUGGGGCACGGCUGGGGUGCGGCACUGGAAUUCUCUUAACGCAACACCUAGCGUGGUAGAGUCUGUGCACCAGCUUUGAGGACGGUCUGGGAAGGGUGAGAUAUGAAGUACAGGGAAACAAAAGGUUUUCUAGUUUUUCUCUGAGGUGACAGACAUUGCAGCUUCAGAGCCUGCCGUAAUGACUUUCCACCUGUCAUGAUAUUUAUUUAUGGGAAGUUGUAGAGAAAUAGGCGCUGAGGUUUUGUUUUGCUGAUGCCUUACACCUUUUCUACCUGAGUUGAGGCAGGGCAAAGUUCUAGCCCACGAGCAAUGUCAAUUUAUAACCAUUUAGUUGGAGGGGAAACAAACCCAUGCCCGUCCUGAGAUAGCACAGAGUGAUAAGGGCAGCAAAUUAUCUUUCUGCCACCGUGAUGGACAGAAUUGAUCGGCCUGUGUCGCGUUCCGUGCAGGUGGGGAGCUGCAUUGCUGCAGCCUGGCUGGGGAAGAGUAGGGCAAAACCAGGAAAGAAAGUCUGGUGUUUAACCCUUUCCAUCGGUGGGAGGAGAGGCUUCUUACUGCUCACCCUGAGGAAGUCCUGUGAGCGCAGCGGAAGUGGGUGUGCAUGGUUCUGCUAGGGCAUGGAUGCUGUUUGCCUUCCAGAAGUUUCCUCGGACAGAUGGACUGGCCUGCCUGCCAGCCGAGAGGCCACAGCAAGAGCAGAGGGAAGGAAGGGGUCACAGAGGAUAGCGUUGGCACCAACGGGUCUGAAACUCUGUGAGCUUCUAGGAGCAUCCAGCAAGGAUUGUCCUUCCUGUGCUCCCCCCUGCCCUGCUCAGCCGUGUUUCGACACAGCUCCGGCAGCAUGCGGUGGUCCCCGGCGGCAGCGCUCCUGCCUGAACAGCGGCUCUCCCGGAGCAAAGGGCUUCCCAGUUCCGUAACUGCAAUCGGUGCAUCUCGGAGCUGAUAUGCACCAUGUACACAUCUCCCUGUCCUCGGUCUCUGGGAGCUGCUGAGGGGGGAGCUGGGAGGCAGCGAGCAGCGCAGUGCACCAGCUCCUACUCGGACAGCCUGGCCUGACGCCUCGAGUGCUCUGCGCAAGGAGCCUUUCCCGUCCUGCGCCUGACAGAGGAAUUACUCUGUCUGACGCGGAGGGAGUGCCAAAGAGUAAUUCCCGUCUCACUUCUCCGGUGACUCCUCUCUCACACUUACCCCACCACAACCCGCGGAACUAAAAGCUCCACGGACUCCGAUGCUGCUGCUGCAUCGGAGAAAACCUGACUUCCAGCCCACUGCUGGUAACGAACCGACAUUCAGCCUUUUCCAAAUCCAGACGCAGCGGUUCAAGUCCAGCCUGUGCUGUUUGUAGAUGACACGGACGGCUCAAAGACUCUUCUCUGUCCUGAGUUGAUGCCGUUAGCUUUGCAGGGCUGGGGGAGCAGAGCAGGGAUUCCAGGUAUCGGUAGGAGCCGGCUGAAAAACAACGAACCUGUGUGGCGUACGGCUUGAAACAGAUUGAAACCCAAGCGGGAAAAGGCAGGUUCGGCCUCGGCGCUGCUGCCUGCCCUGCCUCUACCCUGGAUUUUGCCUUAGGCUGAGCUUCUCUGUUCUUAUCCCCCCUGGCUGUUUGCUCACGAUAGGAUGAGUUCCUUCCCUGGGAGGUGUUAUUCCCUCGCCAGCGCAGGUAGACUCAGGCGGCUUAGCUCCUGCUGUAGUAAAAGCUGCCAAUCAUUGCAGAAAAAAGCUAGAAAUGGGAAAGUGAGGGAAGCCAGGGGAGGGGAGAAGACGAGUGCAGCAAAAUCCUGUAACAAAACAACACACAAAAAAGUUUCUGAAAUAAAAGCUGUUUAAAACGUUCUCUGCCUCCAGCUUUGUCCUAGAUAGGAUCUCGGUGAAAUUUUGCUCGGAUCUUGUAACGCUUCCGUCCUUCUCCUGGGUUUCCUUGGCAGCCCCAGCUGAGUCCCUUGGCUUGUUGACUCAUAAAGCCGCUCUGUUAGAAGCCUCCCUCCCGGUUGUGGUGGCGUGGGGGCUGCUCUGCUCCCGCUGCAGCCCUGGGCUCUGCUCCCAUCCCGUUCCCUCAGCCCUGCCGUGGUGAUGGGAUCCUGCGGCUGAGGGAUCCCGGGGCUGUGUGGAUCCCGGGGCUCGGCUGCUCUCUGCCAGCCCGCUCGGUGCCCGAGCAGCGAGGAUUAUUCCCGGCUCAGCAGAGAGGUGGAUAAAGGUAUCCCAGCCAUGGGGACCUCGACCCCCAGCGCAGAGGGGUCCCCGCUGCGCCCCAGUGCAGGGUGUGAGCCAAAAGAAAUGAAAUUAAAUUAAAAAUAAUAAAUACCAGAAGCGUAAAGCGGGGAUGGAGCUCCAGGGCCGGGGCGCUCCUCCGCUGCCGUGCUCGGCUCCAUCCCUGGUGAAGCACCGGAGCCCCUGGCUUGGCUCCUGCAUCCCUGCCUGGUCCCUGCAUCCCUGCCCGGUCCCUGGUUUGGCUCCUGCAUCCUUGCCCGGCUCCUGCAUCCCUGCCCGGUCCCCGCCGCCCAUCCCGGUGAGGACCCGGCCGGGAUUUGACGCAUUAGGAGCGAACCUCUCGGUGCGGCCCCACCGCCUGUGCUCCUCUCCUUGGAAUCCCGGCUCUGGCUUCCCCGGGCUGCGGCCGGGACCGGUUCCCUCGCCGUGCCCCGGGAAGCUCCAUCCUUCAUCCCAAACACCUUCCUGGAGCCCAGCCGGCGGAG